CGCCCCCACGUAUUUAGCUUUAAGCUGGGAAAAUUAGGUUCAAAGGGACCCUGUGGGGGGACAUACAAUUUAUCACCUUCACCUUUCUCUGUUAAAUCUAACCUUCCCUUAUAAACCCUAAAAAGCAUGCUUAAAACUACCCAUGUUCACCAUUCUCUUGCUGUAAUACUCUCCAAACUUUGAGAAAUUUUCGUUUCAUAUUUGAGAUCUAUCUUUGUACAGCUACUCAAAAAGAUAUUUUAUAAGAGGUCAUUGAUCUUGAAAUGGAAUAUUAUUAAGCUCGAUGAAUUGCGUUGUUUUUCUCCUGAAAGCUAGCGUUGCCCAAGUUAAUUUCUAGGGUAGGCAAAUCCUUGAAAAGGCCUCAUCUACUUGUCUGAUGAUUUGAGAGAUGCUUACUGUGUGCUCCUUGUUAUCUUAGUUAAAUCAAAGGAGCAACUGUUAUCUUCGUUAUGGAUAUGAGUAAGUUCAGACCUGAAUCGCAUGUAGCCCAGCAACGCCUACGAGAUAAGUUGAGGGUUCAGCAAAGCUCCAAACUGGUCCAGCAAUUGGAGGACUUUCCUAACAAUUUGGAAGACGGGUGUUCCUCAGUUCUUCCGGCCCUAAACCCAGGUCUUGCUCAUGUUCGAAAUGUUCGAAAUGAUAAUUUGUUAUACGAUCCAGAUGUUUUCUCUUCAGACAUCAUCCAUGUCUCAUCAAACUCUUCUGUUUUACCUUCGCAAAGAGAUACAAUGCUACAUCAGGAAAUGCAAACAGCUCCAGAAAACAGGCAAUUGCUUGCCGAGGAGUCCUCGUUUCCCGGUAUGUCACAAUCAAAUUUAUCUAAAUUCGAUGGUUCAUCUAAGGUCUCCGGUGAUCCACAUGAUUGUGGUAAUUGGAGGGGUGUUGAUUCACAGCAUAAUUGUGAUUGGAUGGUGGGUUAUGCAAGUGGAUUAGCUGUUAGGGAGAGUAAUCAGGACCAUAGGUUUGUUGGGGAAGUCAUGUCAAAUAAUGCAAGGAUUCUCAACAGUGCGUACCAAGAUGUUCAGUCUACUCACCCCAAUCCAGGGAGUGAAAUUUAUAGUCUGGAGAGGAAUUUGCAUUUUGUGUCUCCUUCACUUUAUCAGAAUUCUCUACAGGAUGUUGUCACUACAGCUCAGGGACUUGAGGUUGGUUCUCAUGAACCUCAAAAUGUUAGAGAGGCUGCCAAAGGUUCAAGGACUGAUUACUGCGGGAAUGAAGCAAACCCUUUGCAUUUUGGUAACGCCGGUACUUGGAUGAAUACGCCGCUGGGGGAGCAUUCUCAACAAUGGGGUGCUGAGUUGGGGUUUUUGGCUAGUAAGAGUAGCGUCGAACUAGGUGCCGCUGCGAGUGAUGCAACUACUCAGGGGCUAUCGCUUUCUCUUUCAUCGUACCCCACACCAAAAAUUUGUGGUGCAGAUCCAGUUCAAUUCACGGGGAAUCAGUAUGGUUCUGAUGGCUUUCUCUCUAAGCCUGGUGAAUUCAAGGAACUUCGAGAUUCUAAAACUUCAAAUAUGGGUCAUUUCUUUUCGAUGCAAAAAUCAUCUUCAACAUGUAAGGCUGACGGAAAGUCCCUUCAGGAUGCGGGUGGAACUUCAGCUUACGUUCAUCGUCAAACGAUUCCCCUUGGCCCUUUUACUGGAUAUGCAACUAUUCUUAAGAAUUCAAGAUUCCUGAAGCCCGCACAAGAACUUUUGGAUGAAUUCUGCGAUAUAUCCAACUCAAAGCCUGUUAAAGUUUGUGACACAUCCGAGGGGAUCCCCGGCGAAGUCAGUGCUUGCAAGGAAAGUAAUUCAGGGGCUUCCGCUACUUUUUACAGUUCUAAUGAAUCUUGUAAGCACGAGUACCAACAAAAGAAGGCAAAGCUUGUAUACAUGCAUGAGGAGGUUGGUAAUUGUCUCUCUUUUUCCAAACUGAGGAAUGACUUGUCUGGGACUUGCCAUGGAAAGGUUUGUAGAAGAUACAAGCUAUACCAUCAGCAGAUGCAAAUGGUGGUUUCUUCAUUUGAGUCGGUAGCUGGACUUGGAGCUGCGAUUCCCUACGUUCCCUUGGCUCUCAAGACAGUGGCUAGGGACUUUCGGUGCCUACGGAAUGCUAUACUAGACCAGAUUAAGCACGUAUCUAGAGCUCUUGGGGAGGACUUACUGUCCCCAACUACCGGUACUAGCGGCAGUAAAGGUGAUAUAAAUAUGUCUAGGCUAAAUUGUUUUGGUCAGAAAUCUGGUGGGGUUAACAUGGGCUUCCUUGAAGCCCAACAACAUAGCUGGAGGCCCCAGAGAGGCCUACCAGAACGUUCGGUGGCUAUUCUUAGAGCUUGGCUCUUUGAGCAUUUUCUUCAUCCGUACCCGACAGACACGGAUAAGCACAUGCUGGCCACUCAAACUGGUCUCUCUCGAAAUCAGGUGUCUAACUGGUUCAUAAAUGCACGUGUUCGGGUUUGGAAACCGAUGGUGGAAGAAAUACAUAUGCUUGAAAGCAAAUGCUUGCCAGAAGGCAACCAAAACUCGAGCAAAAGUGAGGGAAAGUCUACUAGUGAAGGACGUAUUAGUUGGCCUAACGAUGGCCAAUCUAUCAACAGGUCAUGUGUAAAUGCAUUGUCUGACAAGCAAUUGGCCUGCGCUGAUAUGCUCGUAGCUGAUGCACAUGAUUUGGAACACUGGAAUCAUGAGAAACGUUCAAGCAUGGAUUUUCAUAUCCCAACCAGUAUGGAGGGUUCGUUGAUGGGAUUUGCACCCUACCAGCAAAGCAGGCUUGAGAAUGGGGGGCUUGGAGCCGUCUCACUGACCUUAGGACUUAUGCAUGGUGUAGAAAGUGCACAGCAGCAGCAGCGACAACAGCAACAACAAUAUCAACAGCAAGAGCAUCAUUCGAGGCGGCAAUUUGGAGGUCAUUUGAUUCAUGACUUUGCCGGUUGAGAUUAUAUUGAUUUUAUUGAAGUUGAAAUGAGCCUGUGAUGAGGUAGCUGUUCUUUGUGACAAUGUUUUAGACGAAAAAUCCUGCUAUGCGGGUCACCUUAACAGAUUUUCUUUGUCACGUUCAAUUUCGAAUUAAAGUGAUGGCACAACUCCAUCGUUACUGCUUGGUAUUGACAUGGCAAGAGUAAUUGGGAAUAAACGUAUGGUGGUGAUUUUUUGUGAGAUUCUGUUUGGAUUUGUGUUGGUAGGAUUUAGUUAUAGCACAAAUGUAUAGAAUUUUAAUUUCCAGGGUCAUAUGGUUUCGACUUCCCUGAUUCGUCAUCAAUAAGUUGCACUCUAGAAAUUAUGAUUUUACUGGCAAUCAACUUGGACUUGUUUUUUGCCUGGUAAACCAGACGCCCUGAAAGAACUGUUGCUAACAAAAGUGACCUGAAAAUUCGAUUUUUGAGCCGGAACUGUGGUUUUAUUUUUGGGUGAAGAAAUUGUGGUUUUCGCUGCAUGUAAACUUGUAAAAGGUGUGGGAAAUUGCCUUUGAUAUAUACAUAUAUAUAUAAAUCAGUCAUAUUUAGACAACAUUUUGAGGGCGGGGGGAUUUUCUUAGGCUUUUAGACCAGCUGAUAUUUAGGCUUCUUGUUGCUGCUUGAUAUUAUGGGCCUUACAAAAUGGCUUGUAAUUGAAGCAAUCUUGUGGAAAACCUAUCCAAUCACAAAUGGCAGAUCAUCGAAGUUAUGAGGCCCAAGCAUGAAAGCGGCCCUAGCAAACCCGUCUUUCUCCGACCCUCUUUCGGUAGUUGAUGUAAAUUUGGUCUUGUCAUGCAAAUUGCAAUGCAGUGCAGCAAGCCAUGCAUGCAAGCAAUAUUUAGCAAAUUCUACUUACUAUAACAACUCGUGUAUAAUAGCAAAAGAGAACAAUAGUACAAAGCCACAAAGAGAAGCUAAUUAGAUCACACACACAUAUAUAGAGAAAACCUAAUUAAGCAUGAAACAGCGUCGUAGUAUCAUUGUCGAUAAUUAUUCCAUAUAACAUGACCAUAUAGGCGUAGCAAUACUGAUCUAAUUAUUUGAACCGCUUCCAUCUCCAGUACCACCACCGGGGAAAUCCUGCCUAGGCCUAAAAUGAUGGUUGUUUGUACUGCUCGAUGGAUAGCUGGCUCUGU